AUGAGAUUCACCUUUGUGCCGUUUUCUAGGUGUGCGAAGUCAAUCCCACCAAUAAAGCUGUCCUACAAGAACAUGCUGAGGGAUCCGUCCGUUAAGUACAGAGCUCACAAGCCGCUUACCAUGACGAACCGGAAGUGGCCCGAUAACACCAUCAAGAAGGCGCCCAGAUGGCUUUCCACUGACUUGAGAGACGGGAAUCAGUCGCUACCAGACCCAAUGUCCGUGGAACAGAAGAAGGAGUAUUUCCACAAGCUGCUGGAGAUCGGGUUCAAGGAAAUCGAGGUAGCGUUCCCCUCCGCGUCGCAGACAGACUUCGAUUUCACGCGGUACGCUGUCGAGAACGCCCCAGACGACGUCACGAUUCAAGCUCUUGUCCAGUCACGGGAGCAUCUGAUUCGGAGAACCGUGGAGGCCCUGACUGGCGCCAAGAGGGCCACUGUCCAUACGUACCUUGCCACGAGCGACAUGUUCAGGGAGAUUGUCUUCAACAUGUCGCAAGAGGAGGCCAUCGCGAAGGCCAUCGAGGCGACGAAGCUUGUCCGGAGUCUGACAAAGGACGACCCAUCGCAGAGUGCAACCCGGUGGACUUACGAGUUUUCACCAGAAUGUUUCAGCGACACGCCGACUGAAUUUGCGGUCCAGAUCUGCGAGGCGGUGAAGCAGGCGUGGGAGCCCACGGAGGACAACCCGCUGAUCUUCAACUUGCCAGCAACGGUAGAGGUCACUACACCAAACGUGUACGCGGACCAGAUCGAAUACUUCUCCACGCACAUCUCGGAAAGAAACAAGGUGUGUAUCUCCACGCACACGCAUAACGACAGAGGUUGUGGUGUUGCUGCGACGGAACUCGCAUUGAUGGCAGGCGCGGAUCGUGUCGAAGGCUGUGUUUUCGGUAAUGGUGAACGUACGGGCAACGUCGACAUUGUCACCGUGGCGCUGAACAUGUACACGCACGGGGUGGCCCCAGAACUUGACUUCUCGGACAUCAAGUCUCUGGUGGAGGUAGUCGAACGUUGUAACAAAAUCCCAGUGCCACAGAGAGCGCCGUAUGGUGGAGACCUCGUCGUGUGUGCUUUCUCCGGUUCGCAUCAGGACGCGAUCAAGAAGGGGUUUUCUGUGCAGGAGAGGAAGCGGAAGGAGGGAGACCAUUACUGGAGAAUUCCAUACUUACCAUUGGAUCCAAAGGACAUCGGUAGAGACUACGAGGCAGUGAUUAGAGUCAACUCGCAGUCCGGUAAGGGCGGUGCAGCGUGGAUCAUUUUGAGGUCACUUGGCCUAGAUCUUCCACGGAUCAUGCAAAUAGAAUUUUCUACAAUGGUACAAGAGGCCGCAGACCGCCGCGGUAAGGAAUUGCAGGCCAGUGAAAUUACCAACCUGUUCAAGGACACAUACAACUACGACAGUGAAAGACACAAGUAUAUCUCUCUGCUGGACUACGAGGUGAAGAAGCUCGACAACGAAACUAGACAUUUGACUGGCCAGGUAGAGUUCCAUGAUAAGGUCGUGUCCAUUGAUGGUACCGGGAACGGUCCAAUCUCCUCUCUGGUGGACGCCUUGUCGAACCUGCUAAACACGAAGCUAAGUGUCGAAAACUACUCUGAACAUUCUCUAGGGUCCGGUUCCUCAACACAGGCUGCAUCAUACGUCCAGAUCCGUUACAGAAGUCCAAACGAUAAUGAGAAGGCGUACACGUGGGGUGUCGGUGUCUCCGAGGAUGUGGGUGACGCCUCAGUCAAGGCCAUCUUCUCCACGGUGAACAAUAUUAUUCACAACGGCGACAUCGAGUUGCCCACCGUCCAAAAGAAACAGAAGGCCUCUUCUGCCUAA